UAAAGAACUCACGAUUUCCAGUAGGCCACGCUGUAACAUUAGCAAAAUGGAAUAAAAUAUUUUGUUCUCGAAACAAUUUUGAAUAAAAUAUAGCGAAAAUGCUGAGGAGUAUUAGCGAGCCCUCUUUGGGAACUGUUGGGACGGAGACCUUGGCAACAACUGCAACCAGUCAUGCAGGAAGCCGCCAUUACCUGCCCAAGUUAAAACAAGAUCAAUUACGAGGUAGAUUUCUGUGGGAAGGACGCAUCGGAAGAAUUACAAGGAUUGUGUUAUUGACGCCUUGGAAUGUGUGGUUUCAGAUCGCAGUUCUCCUGGCAGUCAUUACCACGUUCGUGAUCCACUUGCUCCUAGCAUACUUCUUCGAUAACAACACGUGGUCUAACUUCACCACGAUCAUUAUCUUGGGAGAGCUGAUAUUCUUUGCCGAUGUCUUUGUUCAUUUGGUCCAUAUGUUUUGGCCUUUAGUCCGUCUCUAUAUGAGAGUACAUCGGCGGAGUUUAUUGUUACUUUUAUGA